GAAGCGAACUUCUCUGUUAGUAGUAGUAGAAGUCCCGGUUGGGGUUGAGCGAGAGUGCGAGUACGUGCGCGUGUGCAUUGCGGUGUGCUUCUGCGAGUGCAUCUCGAGUACAUCACACAGCAAAGCGACAAAAAUUUACGGGAACGUUGAAACGGCAUCGUGAUACCGAGAACAACCACGACGACGACUACGACCACGACAACGAGAACGUCGACAAGCGUGACGGACAACAACGCGCUAUCAGCAUCUUGGCCGUCGCUGCUGACUCUCCCGGGUUCUCAGAGAAAAGUGGCGCGAGAGGGUGCACGGGAGUUCAGGAGGCUGCGAGAGGCACCGGCGGACCUGCUGGUGCAUGCGAUCAGGAUGCGACCGAGGAGUGGCACAGUUGCAUCAAUUGUAUAUCAAGAUCCUCGAAGACACAACUUCGAUAUCGAGGAUUCAUUUGCUUAAGAACUUCGAACGUUCCUUCUCGAGAGUGUGGAACAGUCCUAGAAACGAAGUAAGUAACGAAGAAGACAGACGCGUAGAAGUCGAAAGUGGAUCAGCGCAAGCUUCCAGAAGGACCUUGUUCCUGGCAGCGGGAAGAUCGCGAAGAGGGUGAAGGGUAAAAGCAUCUAAGGGCGGGUGGGGGGAUGCAGCUCGAAAGGGUGGCGGCAUGGAGGAGCCCUCGUUGGAGGCUCUCAUGCAGGCGAGCCUUAUCUUCGUGGUCGCCGUCGCCAUCAUCUUAUCGAAUCUCCUCAUUAUCGCCACCUACCUCAACUUCCGCGGUCCCUCCGAGGUGAUAAACUACUACUUGCUGUCACUUGCCUCGGCAGAUCUUCUGUGCGGUCUGUUGGUGGUUCCACUCUCGAUAUAUCCAGCACUGGUACGAAGAUGGGUCUACGGAGACAUGGUGUGCCGACUCGUCGGCUACUUGGAAGUCACACUUUGGGCGGUAUCGGUAUACACCUUCAUGUGGAUCUCCGUAGAUCGCUAUCUAGCUAUCAGGAAACCGUUAAGGUACGAGACCGUACAGACGAAAACCCGAUGUCAAUGCUGGAUGGUCUUCACGUGGAUCAGCGUGGCGAUGAUGUGCUGCCCGCCCCUGCUCGGUUUCCAGAAGCCGAUCUUCGAUCGCGAGGCCUUUAUCUGCAUGCUCGACUGGGGCAACAUGGCCGCGUACACCAUCACGCUGUCCAUCCUCGUGUUGGGGCCGUCGGUCAUAACCAUCAUCUACACGUAUUUCUACAUCUUCUCCAUGAUGAGGCGUUUAAAGUCCGGUGUACUAAUUCACGACAAGGAGUACGCUACUGCGCUGUCGGAAAAUCUGAGCAACCCGAGUCACAUUAUGUCCUUCGUCUUAGUAUUGGUUUUCUGUGUGUCAUGGGCACCAUUCGCCGGGCUAAGGAUAUAUGCGGUCGUUAACGGACCCCCUCAGGUGCCAUUUUUACACUUUGCCGUGGUGUGGCUGGGGGUCACGAACAGCUUUUGGAAAGCAGUCGUCCUCGGCACACUGAGUCCCCAGUUCCGGUUAGCCGUGCGAGUGCUCUGUCUCACUAUAUGUUGCCGGCACAGGCGACUUCCGCCGGAGCUCCUCGGUCUCGACGACGACGACUAACGCCACAUCGACAACGUCUACGAGCAGCAGCGCUUAUGUUGCGUUCUGUUCUAUCCGCGGCGCGUUUCUAGAGCGUCGAUUAUAUCUCUAUUCAAAGAUCGUCCUCGCAUCUCAGCACCACUCGCAAGAUGUUUCUUUCACAUUGCUCUGGCGUACAAUUGAAUACAGAAUUGAAGUUCAUAAAUGUCGAUAUCGCGAGCGACCCUUAUUCAGUUAAAGUAACCGAUUUUGACAAAACUAAAGCUGCAUUGAAUUGUAAGUUAACAUUGUAUAGAAGAUUAGAAUUUGAAAUCAAUUAUUGAAACAACAAAUUUUUAUUUAUGCAACAUAUGAAAUAUUAGAUUUUGCUUUGAUAAUAAAAAUUUUCCCAAAGAGAGAAACCUAAAUUUACUUGCAUUUUAUCUGUGUUCAUCUAUGUGUGAUAAUUUGUGAUACAUUCGUGGAAAAGCAAAUGUCACCUAUAAAUAUGAUUAAAAUAAUAAAUAAAUAUGAUAAAACUCAAAAUAUUUAGUUAAUUUUCGUAGUAAAAACCGAGUAAUAUUAUGUCAUACAGGAAUACAAGAUUUAUUUACACAGAAGAGAUAGACACGAAUUAUUAUAAUGAAACAAUUGUGAGAGGUGCUACAAGCACUGCGAAAUAUGUCACCGGCGGAAUUCGGCGACUUCGCCGACGCGCGUCCAUUUCUCUAAACUAAUCUCGCUUCGCUCAAACACACUAGAGUCCGUUAAUUAAAUCCCGUAAACCGGGAUUAUGUUCUGCAGAUAAAACAGAGAACGGCGAGUCGCAUUAUACGACAUUCGAAAUUAUAAUCGUCGUCUAGGUCUACGUAAGACCACGCUCAAUAAAUGUCAUAACGAAUUAUGAAAAAUGAGAGUUACUAAUGACUGUCGCGCGAAUAGUUCGCAGAUGCAAUUGCAAAAGAUCUAGUAAAAACGUCGGAAUAUAUAUACAUAUAUAACAUGGAAAGAGAAAUAUAGUCAAUUAAUGGAGAUGCCUCUACGAAUGUGACGCGUCGUCGGCGACGAGUUUUGCGUUGUCGAAGUGUCGUCGUGCCCGUAGAACACCCUCGAUGCAAGAUAAUCGAGUGCUGAGCGUGCGAACUUACGCUUUCUUAAUGCGCUUCCUAGCCGUUGGCUUUUCUGCCUUUUCUCUUUCUCGUCGUAAAGCUACGGGAAAAUCGAUAAAAUCAGAGACGCUUGUGCGUCUGUGCAACGUUGAUUAGUUUGCUUACAUAUCCUUUUCUAUUACUGCUUUUCACUUUGUACCAACACAUGCGUGUUGAUAUUAAGUCGCAUAUGGUAUAAUUAUUAAAGCGACAUACAUAAGUUACGUGACUACUUAAAAUGAUCAAUAUUUAAAAAUAUGAACGCUACGCUCACAGGAAAAGUGUUAAGCUAACAGAUCAAAUCAAAUGUUGUAGGCUACCAUUUUAUGCGAACAAAAAUAUUGAAGAAUUACGCGCAAAAUUCUAGAUGCUUUAUAAUUUGUGUGAGGAAUUUGGAGACCGAAUAAUGUUCUCCACUUUUCGAAACUAGCUUUUGAAGUAUAUAAGUGAACUUUGACUAUUCAAUUAUUCGAAUAAAUAGGCUUCAGGACAAGAAAGAGAAAGUUUUCUUCAGAAUCUAACUGGACUCUCGUUAACUUUCUUGACUUACUGGGUUGACGGAGUACCCUCUUUAUGAAAAUCAAAAUAUUGUCGUUUUAUCUCAUUUUUAAUUCAGAUUAUACGAAUUUUAAGGGCGUCUUGAUUCGACGCCCGCUGUAAGCUUUAUUAUUAAUCUUGUAUAGAAUGGUAUAUAUACGGAAACGGCUAGUGGUGACUUUUUUUGCAUGAGAGCGUAAACUAUUGCGUCCAAUUUUCGCACGUCUAUGUGAACCAUCACGACUCGAGGCGCAAUUUCGAACGUGCUCUAUGAACAAUGUACACUCGAACUGAAAUCGAAUAAGAGAAGGCAGAUGAAAAGAGAUGAUGUAUAUGAUUGUCUAGAAAAUGCGAUUUCGUGAAAUAAUCCCAUAUAUGGAAAAAAAACAGACUUUUCGAUUGCUUAAAUUUAUGCGCAGCGCAAUCAGGAAUGCAAAUACAAGACACAGAUUUUUAAUUUGUCAUUUAGUUCAAAAUUUUUUAUUAAAUAUUUUAAUUUGUUUUAUUUAAUAAUUUAAAAUUAUAAAAAUGUUUUGCAUAUAAUAUUAUUUAUAUAAGAUCUUAGGAAUUAUUAUGUACAUUAUUAAUACACAACAAAAGAGUAUGAAAGCGCUUAUAAUAGAAAAUAUAAAUAUAAUAUUGAUAUAAAGAAAUGUUAUAUUAAAUCUAAAAGUAACUUUGAUACAUUUAUUUAAUGUAUUUAUAUAAACGUAACAGUGACAUGUAUGUGUGAACGUCUACAAAUCUGUAAAAUUUUCGUCUGUGUCUUGUUAAAAAAUCAAUGCAAAAAGGAUUAACGGACGUGAUCAGAUUUGUGACGCCUAUUAUGGAUAGCAUAGAAUGCUAGAAUUAGGCGUAGCUGAACUGCCACGUAUUGUCGCAAAAAA